AUGACAGCUUUCCCACCACAUUUCUCUCCACACCUUUCGAGCGCCGGGCGAGAGGGAUUCGACUUCCAGACGUCACAGCUAAAGCCAGAGACACCGGAGCGUGUCGCGAACGACGAUGAUGCCCACCACAACCCGCCGCCCUCAAUAAUAUCGCCUGCCUUUACGCCCCCAGCGACACCGGGGGGCGCGACACCCUCGCAACCCCGACCGCCCCGCUCCAUACCAGUCGAUACCUCAGUGCGCACCGACACGCCGCGACCGGAUCUACUGCCGCAGCUGCCCAAAGUGGAGUGCGAAGUACGCGCGCGGAUACCCACAACUACCGGGCACGAGAUGUGGUUGCACGUGUACAGGAACAGCGUUGACACCAAGGAGCAUCUUGCAAUUGUUUUUGGAAACCAAAUACGCUCUAGAUCACUAGAUGCAGAGCGGCCUGGCGAGACGGAAUUGGACCGUAUGACAAGAGGCGCAUAUGUAGGACGCUUGUACCCAGGGCGAAUCAGCUCGCGAGUUGAGCAGCUCAAGAGGGCGGAAGGCGUCCCUACAAAGCGCAAGCCAGAGUCUGACUCGGAUCAUGCCAACAAGAGCAAUGGGCUGUUGUCGCCAGCGUCCGCAUCAUCCUCAGAGAAUGGAGACGUCCUGCCAACCUCCUCACUAGAAUUACCUCUCGUCCGUAUACACUCCGAAUGCUAUACUGGUGAGACUGUAUGGUCUGCGCGCUGCGACUGCGGCGAGCAACUGGACGAAGCCGCGCGGCUGAUGGCCGAUCCCACUCUCUCACCUUCCGGCGGCGCUAUUAUCUACCUUCGCCAAGAGGGCCGCGGAAUUGGUCUAGGCGAGAAGCUCAAGGCAUACAACCUGCAAGAUCUAGGCAACGAUACAUACGAAGCAAAUAUUAUGUUAAGGCAUCCCGCAGACGCGCGCAGCUACGGUCUAGCUACGGCUAUGCUGAUGGACUUGGGCUUAGAUGGAGACAAAGGCAUAAGACUUUUGACCAACAACCCAGAUAAAGUCCAUGCGGUCGAGGGCCCGAAUAGAGAAGUCGUAGUAAGAGAGCGCGUAGCUAUGGUUCCGCUCGCCUGGAAAACAGGCGGCAUGAAGGGAAUCAAGAGCGAAGAAGUAGAGAAGUAUCUUAGUACCAAGAUCGAAAAGUUCAAGCAUAUCCCUUCCUCGGCGGCGCUAUUGACGGCCUUCAUCGCCAAGACCGUCGAGUUGUCGUUUGUAAUGGUCUUCUUGGCGUUCAUAGGGCAGGUCCUGUCGAGAAGAGCUAUUCAGCAAAAGGGCCUUAAUUUGGCCAGCGUGGAGAUGCGGUCUUGGAUUCUCCAGCCAGGGAGACUAUUUAGUGAAUGGCAUAGCGUUAGGAUUGCUGGCUUCAGCUUCCUGGGAGUACUCUCUCUGAUCACUGCCGUGCUUUCCUUACUAUAUACCACGGCAGCUGGUGCACUUGUGCAACCACAACUACGCCUUCCACCAUGGGAAAAGCAGAUGAUGGUUGGUCAGGUAGAUGGUGACUUCUCCAGUACCUUAAAGGCCGAUAAGACUUGCCUGACCGCCUGGCCUGACGUGGGCGAUGAUCAAUGGGGCGGUAGCACGUGUCUUGCCAUGAAAUGGUCAUCGCUCUGUGGUCGAAACUUUGUCAAAUACAUGUCAGCCUGGGACGACUCAGCGGCGGCCUCGAACCCUCCCUGGAUGUCUGAGGACCUUCUGCAACGCAAGCGGAUUAGCGCGUCGCUAGAUAAUAACGUUACUGUUACUACUGCAUGGCUGGACCAUCAUGACGUCGCUACUGAAUCCGAGAAGGCGGGGAGAAUAAUCAACAAUAUCACUAUAGCUGUGCCUCAUCGAGGCAUCCCAGCUGCAGCUCGCAACACCCAGAAUGAUUUGUUACAACCGGAAGAUCUCCACGAUGGCGGCUCAUACUCCGUUCACGCAUCAGUCGCAAGCUUUGCGAUCAAUGCCUUAUGUGUCAAUGCGAAAGAGGAAGAGCUGGCUCCAAUUAUAUACAAGAACUGGCCCAAUGCGAUCCCUAUGGAAGAAGGCUCCAAGUCGGUGAACUGGUGGCCUAUCUUGGGAUUUCCAGAGGGAACUAACACAAACAACAAAACGGUGCUUGAUGACAUUUUUGGUUGGAAAGACGAGACGGAAGAUCAUUCUCGGGCAAGACCAAUAUUUCUCAAAUAUCCCAAGGCAGGAAACACAAUCGCGAACCACACCCAAGUUCCAUACGAAGAGGGUGACAGACCAGAGGUUUACCUUCUCGGCAAAGCCCCCGACAAUACCACCGAGGACUACUUUCUCUGCUCCAUGAAAGCCGGCAUCACGACUUCCUGCACUACACGCUACAACGCCUCCUCCGGCGGUCAAAGCCUCGAAGCUGUCUGUGACGGCCCAAACGGAAACAUCAGCGAAAACGCCUCUAUCCAGCCUCUCCGUUCCAACGGCGAUAAAGCUGCUCUAGUCGGCUGGCGCGAACUAGGCUUCAACCUCCUCAACUCUCUGAGUCUGAACAAUGGCGUCUUUGACGGUGAUGCGUCAACAGCACGUAUAUUCACGCAACUACAGCUUACCGAACCCAAACUGAACAAGACGCUGCCGAGUCCCGCGGAGGCGCUACUUAGUAUGACGACGUGUACGGUUUUGGAUCUGACGCAAGAUUUCCCUUUCACUACAGAUGGAAAGUUCGAUCAGCCGCAAAUGCAAAACUUCAAUGCUUCUGUAAGAGUAGCACAGUACAUGUCCGGUGGUGAAAAGGACUAUCAGAAGGCUCUGUUGGUAGUCCUCGCUCUAACUCUCCUCAUCAAUAUCUUCAUCUUUAUCUACUUUUCAGUCCUCUUGCGCAUCCGCCUCAUCACAGACCUCUGCGAACCCCUCGUCUUGUUCAUCCUAGGCUACCAUUCUCCACCCCAGGACGGUCUUUUCAGAGGAUUGCCGCAGGAAGGGCCGCAGAAGAGGGAUAUGCGGGUUGACUGGAUUGUCAAGAGGAAGGGGGAGCAAUUGGUUGUUGUGGGAAUGGAAGAGAGGGAUGGUGAGCUGGGGGCGGAGAGGAGGGGGGAGGGAGGCGUUGGUGGGUGGUUUAGGAUGAAGAGGAGAGGGGGUAGGGCGAAACAGGAUGGGAAUGAAAGUGAUGACGGUUCACCGGAUGGCAAUAGGGCUUGA